UUGAAGAAACACUACGCGAAUAUAGAAGUAAUACUGAAAUGGUCGAACGCCACACCAAUCCGAAAACGUGGAGGUAUUGGGUAUGUUUGCUGCUACUGUUCCGAGGAAUGCGCGGAUCCUGCUCAACUGAAAAAACAUACAAUCUACCAACAUAAAGGCACAAGCAUUUAUAAAGCAAGCUUCGCAAGCAGGCGCGAGCUAAAGGCAUUCUAUGUUAAAUUAGAUAUAACCUCACUACGAUGUGACAUUUGCGGUCACAAUGUCAAUACUCUUGAAGAUAUCAUUGAUCAUCUAAAGACUACGCAUAACAUAUUCAUGCACACUGAUAUCAUCCAUCAAUGGAUCCCUUUCAAGUUUGAAUCCGAAACGUUGCGUUGUUACAUUUGCUCAAGUGAAUUUAGUAGAUUUAAAAUGCUCUUGGAGCACAUGCAUAAACAUUUUAGAAAUUUCAUUUGCGACAUUUGCGAAUCAGGCUACGUCAAUUUGAAGCAACUAAUGACCCACUUGACUUGUCACACGACUGGCUCAUUCCAGUGCGACUAUUGUUCGAAAACGUUCAACACGCUCAAGAAGAAGAAGUCGCACGAGAAAUCCGUCCACACGCACCCGAACGAGAUGCGAAACAAAUGCGGCUUCUGCGCCGAGACCUUUAAGAGCUUUCACCAGAAAGAGAAUCAUCUAAAAGAGGUGCACGGUAUCAGUUCUGAGGUACGCUGUCAGGCUUGCAAUAAAACUUUCGCGAAGCCGAAGUCUUACGGCAUACAUGUGAGAAGGGAUCACCUGAUGGAGAGACGGCACGCGUGCAAUGAAUGUGAUAUGAAAUUUUUCUCGAACUACGAUUUAAAAUUUCACAAAAUGACGCACUCGAAAAUAAAGAAGUUCCAGUGCGGAAUUUGUAGCAAGUUUUACGUGCGGAAAACGACAUUGAGGGAGCAUAUGCGAAUACACGCCGAUGACAGGCGAUACAAGUGUGAACACUGUGGUAGGGCCUUUGUCCAGAAGUGCAGUUGGCGCGGGCACAUGCUUACAAAGCACGGCGAAAGAGUCUGA